CUCGCCACGAACCGGAGACGCCGCGGGGCGUCUUACCUACCCAAGCUUCGUCUCAUCAUCCUUAGGGCGAGAGCAAGGAAUCGCAAAACAGCAUGGCCACAGCAGCGGGUUCCUCGCCGCUAGAGGACUUGGACCUGAGCAAAGAGGAGGUCCAGCGGCUCACCUCCGCUUUCCAGGACCCCGAUUUCCGACGCAUGUUCUCCGAGUACGCGCAGGAGAUCACCGACCCCGACAACCGGCGGCGUUACGAGGCGGAGAUCACAGCGCUGGAGCGGGAGCGCGGAGUGGAGGUGCGGUUUGUGCACCCGGAGCCCGGCUACGUGCUGCGCACCAGCCUGGACGGGGCUCGGCGCUGUUACGUGAACGUGUGCAGCAACGCGCUGGUGGGCGCGCCCAGCAGCCGCCCGGGCCCGGCGUCUGGCAGCCAGUGGUCCCUACCCUACAGCCUGGCGCCCGGCCGCCAGUUCGCGGGGCGCGGCGGCUCCCGCUACACCGUUUACGACGUGGUCUUCCACCCCGAUGCGCUCGCGCUGGCCCGGCGCCACGCGCGCUUCCGUCAGAUGCUGGACGCCACGGCCCUGGAGGCGGUGGAGCAGCAGUUCCGCGUCCAGCUGGACGGCAGGAACGCCAGGACGCUAAAGAUCAAGUACAAGGGGACCCCAGAGGCGGCAGUGCUGCGCACACCCCUGCCGGGAAACUGCGCGAACCGGUCCGCAGGGGCUCCCGAGGGGCCGCUCCCCGACUUCCCCUACCCCUACCCGCACGCCGUGGCCGCAGAGAACCCCGCGGGCCCGCGGGCCCCGGCGCCCUCCACUCCCGCGACGGCGCCGCAGCCCGCGCCCACCGAGCCUCGCUGCAGCGUGGUGCAGCGCCACCUCGUGGACCUGCAAGAUUACCGCUGCUCCCGGGACUCGGCGCCCAGCCCCGUACCGCACGAGCUGGUGGUCACCAUCGAGCUCCCGCUGCUGCGCUCGGCGGAGCAGGCGGCGCUGGAGGUGUCGGGAAAGCUGCUGUGCCUCGAUUCGAGCAAACCGGACUACCGGCUGCGGCUCUCGCUCCCGUACCCGGUGGACGACAGUCGCGGCAAGGCGCAGUUCAUCAAGGCGCGGCGGCAGCUGGUGGUCACCUUGCCUGUGGCACAGUGCGCUGCGCUCCCAGAGCCCAGCUCGACGCCGGAAGAGUCUCCGGGCGCGCCCGGAAGUGACGUAGGGAGCGCGGCUCCUGGGGCCCCGGAACAGCUGGUCCCAGAGUCUGUGGAGCCGAACGUGGGUACGUCUUGGCGCUCGUUCCCGGGUCUGGAGAAGGAGCAGCCUCCCGGAGCUGGAAGCUGGCCUGGGGACGCAGGGAGAGGCUCCCCUUGUGCUUCGUCCCGGGGCGCCGGUGGGGAGUCUCCGGCAGGAAGCGAGGGCGCGGGCGGCCCGCGCUCGGGCCGAGCCAUGGGAGGCUCGGCGGCCGAGAGCGGGGAUCCUUCGUGUCCUGCCCUGCAGUGCAGUCAGGACGAAGACUCCCUGACUCUGCUAGUUCAAGUGCCCGGGGUUCAGCCACAAAGCCUCCGAGGAGAUCUGAACCCCCUCCGGUACAAAUUGAACUUCGCCACACAAGACUUAGCUUAUUCCUUCCACUUGCAGUUUGCUCCAGAGAAUAAGUUGAGUACCAAAGAACCCGAGAUUAGCGUUUCUUCAGACAAUGCAGUGAUAGUGCUGGCCAAAUCUCCAGGGAGCCGUGGACAUUGGCGAGAGUGGUUUUACGGUUUAAACAGCUGUUCUUUGGAGGCGCAAGGAGACACAGUGGAUUCUCUGAUUCGUAGACCUGUGGGGUUGUAUGCAAAGUCGAGAGUGUUUUCCCCUGGAGAAAAGGAUCUCGCUAUGUAUUCCAGGCUGGCCCCAAACUUGCUGAGCUCCUCCUACCUCAGCCUCCAGAGUGCUGGGAUUACAGGCGUGUACCCCAACAUCAGGCACGAAAUCUGUGUCAUUCUUAUAAAUAACUAUAUAUUAGUGUCAUGCUGAAGUACCUCAGUUCUUAAACAUAGAAUAUACUUCUUUGAACAAAUUUUUUUUUAUGGAACCAGGGAUUGAACUCCGGUCCUUGCGCUUGCGCAGCAGGCGGUGAAACCACUGAGCUAAAUUCCCAGCCCUAUACUUCUUUUAAAUAAAAUAUAAUGGGCUCUUACAUGGCCCAAAAUAGAAAAACUGUUCACACAAUAUUGAACAGAUCCUUUUGUGUAUUUCUUACCUGGCUCAUUAGAAAUUAUCCUGAAACUGAAUUGUAUUUUUUUUUCUUCUUUUUUUUUUUUUUUGGAGACAGGGUCUCAUUUUGUAGUGCAGGCUGGCCUUGAACUCACUGUGUAGCCCAGGAUGGCCUCAAACUCAGCGAUCCUCCUGCCUCAGCCUCCUGAGUGCUGAGAUCACAGGUGUGCGCCACCAUGACCGGCUAAUUGAAUUGUAUUUUAUACCUGGCAUUGGAUUUUGUGAUGGUUAAGUCUGGGCUUGACUUGUGGCAAAUUGAUUGCGUUGCCAGGGCUAUCCCGUUGGUGAAUUCCUGACUGGAUGGGCUGCCCAAAUAGCUGCAGGAGUGGGUGACUGGGACAUGAUAUUGGGUACUAUUUCUGGUUCUGGGCCCUUCCCCUGCUCUUUGCUUGCUGGAUGUCUUGACUUGACCAGCUUUUCUCCCACCUGCCUUUCUGCCAUAUUUCUACCUUGGAUCUGGCCAGCCAUGAACUGAAACUGAGCCAAAAUAAACAUUACCCAGGUGUGGUGGCACAGGCCUGUAAUUUCAGCACUAGAGAGGCUGGGGGAAGAGGAUCGCCCCCAGCUUGAGGCCAGCCUGGAGUACAUAAGUGAGACCCUGUCUCAAAAAACCCAAAAUAGGGCCAGGGAUUUACCUCAGUGGUGCUGUGCCUGACUGGCAAGCACAAAGUCCUGAGUUCAGUCCCCAGUACCAGAAAAAAAUAAAGUAAAAAUAAAUAAGAAAAUAAACAUCUCCUCCUCUAGGUUGUGGGUGUUAGGUAUUUUGUCCCUGCGACAGAAAGCUGACCAAUGCACAUUUAUAUUAGAAGUGAAGUUAUUAAUACGAAGUAUUAAGGGAGAAAAAAAGAAAAAUACUGGCUGGAGAUUUAGCUCAGUGGUUCCACCACCUGCCUCGCAGGCACAAGGACGUGAGUUCAAUCCCUGGUACCAAAAAAAAAAAAAGAAAAAAAUACUAUUUGUAAGUUAAUACUAUCUAGUAAGAGAAAACAUACCUCAGAUUUAAUAAACCUAGAUAAAGAACCAAAGCUUUUAAACAUUUAUUUUUUAAAAAUGUAAUUAUACACACAUACUUGGUACAAUUUGUGUUGUUCUGUGCAAUAUUAAAAUUUUCUUUCUCCAAGACAACAUACAGGAAUAAUGUUAAGAUCAACGUUGUAGCUGGGUGUAGUAGCACAUGCUUGUAAUCCCAGCACUUGGGAGGUUUAGGCAGGAGGGUCUCCAAAAGUGAGCUUAGGCUAUGUAGUGAGUUCAAGACCAGCCUGAACUACAUAGGCAGACUCUGUCUCUUAAAAACCAAAAAAAAAAAAAGGCCAGAGUUUCAGCUCAGUGGCGCCACCCCUGCCUUGCAAGUGCAAGGUCCUGAGUUCGAUUCCCAGUACCAAAAGAAAAAACAUUUUAAAAAGUAUUACCGUGGGCUAGGCAUUUAGCUCAGUGGUUCUGCUGCCUGCCUGGCAAGCACAAGGUCCCGAGUUCGAUACCCGGUACCAAAAAAAGUGUUACCCUGAACUGUGUGAGCUUUUGUGAACUGCUUUUAGAUACAACUGUGUUAAGUAUGCCCUACAAGACAGAAUAUUUUUUUUCCCUUUUU